CCUUUCACCUCAGUGUAUCAAUCUCCUCUCCCCUCUCGUUUGAGCCAUCUCAUUUCGCCUUUUGCUUCUCGGAGGUCCUUUAUAUCAAGCUUCGCGAGUAGGCAAGAUGAUGUCGAGGAACGUUCUACGCCAGUCCGGCCGCAUUGCCGGUGCUAUUUCAGCAUCGGGAAGAAUAGCUGCGUCCCGUGUCGCUGCUCCCGCACCUUUCAAUGCCGCCUCAAAACAGGUUCGAUCAUACGCUGCCGAUGCUAAAGCUUCUCCUACCGAAGUCUCCUCCAUCCUCGAGCAAAGAAUCCGCGGAGUUCAAGAGGAGGCAGGCCUCGCUGAGACUGGCCGUGUUUUGUCCGUCGGUGACGGUAUCGCCCGUGUUCAUGGCAUGAGCAAUGUCCAGGCCGAAGAGCUGGUCGAAUUCGCUUCCGGUGUCAAGGGCAUGUGCAUGAACUUGGAAGCAGGCCAAGUCGGUGUUGUGCUUUUCGGUUCCGAUCGUCUCGUCAGAGAAGGAGAAACUGUUAAGCGUACCGGCCAGAUUGUCGAUGUUCCGGUUGGUGAGGCUAUGCUUGGUCGUGUCGUCGAUGCUCUCGGUAACCCGAUCGAUGGCAAGGGCCCCAUCAAGACCACCGAGAGACGUCGUGCUCAAAUCAAGGCCCCCGGUAUCCUUCCUCGUCAAUCUGUCAACCAGCCAGUCCAGACUGGCCUCAAGUCUGUCGACGCCAUGGUGCCGAUCGGUCGUGGUCAGCGUGAGUUGAUCAUUGGUGAUCGUCAGACCGGAAAGACUGCCGUCGCUCUUGAUGCCAUGUUGAACCAGAAGAGAUGGAACUCUGGUAAUGACGAGACCAAGAAGCUCUACUGUGUCUACGUGGCUGUUGGUCAGAAGCGAUCUACUGUCGCUCAGCUUGUCAAGACUCUUGAGGAGAACGAUGCUAUGAAGUACAGCAUCGUUGUUGCGGCCACGGCUUCUGAAGCUGCUCCUCUGCAGUACAUUGCUCCUUUCACUGGUACAUCUAUUGCUGAGUGGUUCAGAGACAAUGGCAAGCAUGCCCUAAUUAUCCAUGAUGACCUGUCGAAACAAGCUGUUGCAUACAGACAAAUGUCCCUGCUUCUUCGCCGUCCUCCAGGACGUGAAGCGUAUCCUGGCGACGUGUUUUAUCUUCAUUCCAGACUCUUGGAGCGUGCGGCGAAGAUGAACAGCAAGCUCGGUGGAGGAUCCUUGACAGCUCUGCCUAUCAUCGAAACUCAAGGCGGCGAUGUGUCUGCAUACAUUCCAACGAACGUUAUCUCAAUCACCGACGGUCAGAUCUUUUUGGAAGGUGAACUUUUCUACAAGGGUGUUCGGCCUGCUAUCAAUGUCGGACUUUCUGUUUCACGCGUCGGUUCAGCUGCACAGCUCAAAGCCAUGAAGCAAGUUGCUGGUUCUCUGAAGCUUUUCUUGGCCCAAUACCGAGAAGUCGCCGCUUUCGCCCAGUUUGGUUCCGAUCUUGAUGCUGCCACUAAGCAGACCCUCAACCGUGGUGAACGUCUUACCGAGCUCUUGAAGCAGAAGCAAUACUCACCCAUGGCUGUCAAUGAGAUGGUUCCUCUUAUCUACGCUGGUGUCAACGGACACUUGGACAGCGUUCCAGUCAGCAAGAUCCUUCAAUGGGAGUCUGAUUUCCUCGCCUACUUGAAGGCUGAUCAAGCUGAGCUUUUGGCAAGUAUUGACAAGGAGGGUCAAUUGAGCAAGGACCUCGAGCAACAGCUGAAGGAGGUCGUCGUCAGCUUCACCAAGAGCUUCACAUAGACGUGUUCCAAAAUCGCUUGUACAAUUUUCCUGGCUUGGUCAAAAAAAAGAAACACAACCUGAACCAAUUUGAGGCCUGAGAGUGGCAAGAUGGGCAAGAAGGAAGUGGGUAUUAGACAAGAGAGUGUCACAUUGUAACUAGUCACAUAUCAAGUCUUCAAUCGAUUCCGUUUGUUAAA